AUGAGCUGCUACUAUGGCAACUACUAUGGUGGGCUGGGCUAUGGUUACGGUGGCCUAGGCUGUGGCUAUGGCUGUGGCUAUGGUGGCUAUGGCUAUGGUGGCCUAGGCUGUGGCUAUGGUGGCUAUGGUUAUGGAUGCUGCCGCCCACUCUGCUACAGAAGAUACUAUUCCUAUGGCUUCUACUGA